UACUAUUCAGCGAUUGAGGCACAUGGUGGAAGAUAAGGCUCAGAUGAGAAGCACUGGCCCAGUUGAUGUCCUGACCCAGCAGCCCAUUAAGGGAAGACGUCGAGGAGGUGAUAGAUUGUUCCAUUGCUCGGAUAAAUCUAUCGCGACGGUCUGUCGUAAAUGUGGAAGUCUUCUGGGACCUGUUACUGAGUACAUCAAGAAGUUCGAUGAUCGCAGGUCUAGGUGCAAGUUCUGCAAUGAUGAUAAAGAACUUUUUGAUAUUGAUGUUCCGUAUAUUUUCAGAUACUUAGUAACUGAACUUGCUUCCCUCAAUAUUAAAGUUAAGUUGGACUUCAACUUUAAUUUAUUCCACAUAUAUCUGGAGAAU